UCAUAGAUUAAAAUAGAACGGGGACAAUAAGUCAGAGUUCAGGUUCAGAGUCAGAGUCGUUCAAAGUUAGACAGAGUUAGACAGAGUCAGAAGAAUUUCGUCACGAGAACGAUGUGUCACGCUCAACGUGCAUGCAAAUAGUUGUCAAGCUCGAAGUGCAUCGUGACGAUCAUCGCAAAAACAGGCUCGUUAAAGAUGAGUUCCGUCUGGAAACGGUUGCAGCGGGUAAAUAAAAGGGCUGCCAAGUUUCAAUUCACCGUAUCAUAUCACGAACUCACGUUAGAAACCACGACAAAAUGGAAGCCAAACAAACUGAGUGUUGUAUGGACGAGACGUAGCAGAAGAGUUAGCUCAGAGCCCAUGGACUGGGAGCCGAGCUUGAGUGACCCUAUGAAAGGUGUCAUCAGCUGGCCAGUUCCUGAUAAUCACACGGUUUCUGUGACUCUGUUCAAAGAUCCAAGGACUCAUGAAUUAGAGGAUAAAGAUUGGACAUUCGUAAUCGAAGAUGUUUCUGUUACUGGUAAAAGACGGCAUGUAGCUGCCACUAACAUAAACAUGAAGAAGUACGCAACCCUGGAAUCUAGUCAACAGCAACUAAAAUUAGACUUGAAGCCGACAUCGAAGAAGAUCAUCAGUGCCACAUUGGAAUGUACUCUAUCCUGUGUCUUCCUAAGGGAGGGCAAGGCGACGGAUGAAGACAUGCAGAGUAUGGCCAGCUUAAUGUCCGUCAACAACAACAGCGAUAUCGCGCCGCUGGACGAUUUCGAUAACGAAGAUAUCCCAGAGGAUGUUGAGGAAGUAUCGGGAAAGAAUAUUGACGAGAUCUUGGAUAUCUCUACUCAACUUGAUUUAAUGACGAGCAGUCUUACCGAAAGCGAAUUACCCAGUACUCCGAUAAGCGUGGCGAGUUUAUCAAAAGACGAUGCCACACCCGUGAACGACAGCGAUCACAUGCACGGCGUUUGUAUAACAGGUAUCAACGAUUCCUUCAAAGAGAAAUCAUCCUUAAAGGAUAACAUCGUUGUUGAGAACAAUAAAAACAUAGAACACAGUACGAUGCUGAGACUACCGUUGCAACCAUUGGAGCUGAAGAAGAACGAUGCCAAUAUUCCCAAGUUAAAGGAGAUCACGCCAGGUCAAGAUCUGCUGGAGUGGUGCAAGGAAGUAACGAAGGAUUACCCUGGCGUGAAAGUUACCAAUCUCACGACGUCUUGGCGAAAUGGAAUGGCGUUCUGUUCUAUCAUACAUCAUUUCCGGCCGGAUCUGAUAGACAUAGAUGCACUGUUACCGCACGACGUGAAGGGUAACUGUAAAAAAGCGUUCGACGCCGGAGAAGCUCUCGGCAUACCGAGAGUCAUAGAACCGGCGGACAUGGAUAUACUGACAGUACCUGAUAAGUUAGCUGUGAUGACUUACUUGUAUCAACUGAGGGCGCAUUUCACUGGCCACGAGUUAGAGGUGCAUCAAAUAGGCAAAACAGCGGAUGAGUCAUCGUACAUGAUCGGUAGAUUUAAUACGGACAAUAAUUCGGACGUGAGUGUCCAACUGUUCGGUCAAGAGAUAAUUAAUUUGCGUAAGAAAGAUCAAACGGAGCUUAAGAACAAUAAAACCGACAAUAGGCGAUCGAAUCCCUUCGACAAUAAAAAGGAGGACGUUAACAUCGAGUCCCUAAAGAACAAAUUACAUUUGAGUUUGAAUACAGAGAAUCAGGAUUACGAUCAAUGCAAUAAGGAUAAAUCACCGUCGAGUGUAAAAGACGUGAAAGAUAUUAUAUUAGCUGGUUCGAAGAGUAUUUUAGAGAAAGUGUUGUCGCCGACGAAAGAGAAAUACGCGUUUAGAGAGAAGAGUAAAUCUCCACCGAGAGUAUCGCAAGCAAAUCAGCGUCCCAUAUUAAUGACUCGUCGACAAUUAACAGAUCCCUUCGGAUCUGACGAGGAAGAGGAAAAUAUUCAAGUGAUCGAUGAGAAAUGGUCUCAAUCGAUUGCGAUUAACAAUUCAGAAACUUCGAUUAAUAACGAUUCGGGUAGCGAAAGGGGUAUUCGUACUGAGUGCCGUAACGUAUUGUCGCCGCAGGAAGAAAAACGAUCUCAACACCCGUUAGUCAGUCGGCAUGACGAAUUAAGAAAACGCGCCAGACAGCUAUUAGAACAAGCUCGGAAUCAGAGAAAAUCAACGGGACUUGUUUCCAUCGCUGCUUAUUCUCUCGAGGCCCAGAACGACGAUGAAAGACAGCAACAAUUGCGUGAAAGAGCGAGACGUUUGAUAGCAGAAGUGAAGAUGGGCGUUACGUCGAAUCAGAGUAACGACGACAAUAGCAGUGAUAGACGAUCGUUAGACGAUCAGAAUAACAGUCCGAGGCGAAGCAUGACGCCUUCCACUCCGGGUGAUAGAUUUAGUACAAAGUCGGAGUACAACGGGAAUACAUUAGGAACUCCGAACGUAGCAGACACGGAGAAGAAAACUGGUUCUCCUCUGUUCUCAUUCUCUAAGAUAAUCGAAAGAAUCUCACCAGAUAAAGCUAGUCCUGAUGGAACUUCGUACACGCUCAGAGGACUAGGAAAAGAUAUGUCGUCGUACAUUCAAAACGAAUUGGAAGCAUUGGAAAGAGAGCAAACCCAGAUCGAUAUUCAAGCCGGCAAACUCGAGAAGCAAUUGCGAGCCGCAAUGGAAAGUGAUAACGAAGACGAAACGGAAAGGCUGAUGUCUCUUUGGUUUACGCUUGUUAAUAAAAAGAACGCGUUACUUAGAAGACAGAUGCAGUUGAACAUAUUGGAGAAAGAAGACGACUUGGAACGACGGUUCGAGCUGUUGAACCAGGAACUGAGAAGCAUAUUGGCGGUGGAGGAUUGGAGGAAGACUGCGGAGCAAAAGAUGCGGGAGAAUUUACUUUUAGAGGAACUGGUAUCUAUCGUGAACAAAAGAGAUGAGCUGGUUCAUCACCUUGAUACGCAAGAAAGAGCGAUUGAGGAUGACGACGAGAUAGAGCGCAACUUAUCUAGAACAGGUUUAGCUCAGCGAAAUAAAAAUUGCUCAGUGCAAUGAAAGCAUCCUACUUUGCUGUUGCCGAUCGAACGAGACGAAAGACAAAAUUCGUUUUGCCAAAGAAAAUAUGUUGACGAAAGGUAAAAGGUAAAAGGAUCGCUAUGUCCUACGCGAGAUACUGACACGUAGAAAUUUAUUUUUUACUAUAAAUCAUGUAAGAAUUGUACAAUCAACGUUUCAUAUUUACGAGACAUGGAUUUAUUGUUAAAUGUGGAUGGAAUGCUGCUUCUUUCAGUAAAGUUCAAAAUGAACAUCGAUCCCUCAAAGGGAUGCGUAUAAGAAAAACGAACAAAGCCUGUUACAGACUUGUAAAAAGAAGUAUAUUAAGUAUAUUGAUUAUAAAUAUAUUAAAAAAAGAAAAUCGACUGCAGUUACACGCUCGCUCAUAAUUGUAAUAUUGUAGUAAAGAAAAAUUGUCCCGAGAACUUCUUCUCUUAAAGAUGAUGUGUAUGAAUCUGGCUGUAAAUUGUGAGGAAACACGAAAACGCUAUGUCCGCUAUGAUGUGUAAUAUUGCAAUUCGGCAAUAUUAGAAAUACUUUGUUCAGAUUAUUAUAGAUUACAAUUACGUUGUGCCAUAUAAUUAAUUGUUUCGUAAGCUUCAUCGUUCAUUCAUCUGUAAAAGAUGACUCGAGGUGGGAAUGCGAAUAAAUGAUACUAAUUUAAUAUUUAAUAACACUCGUUAAUGCAAUAGGUGCGUAUAUAUACAUAUGUAUACGCAGGAUAUGUAUAUACAUAUAUCGUGUUGAGUGUAACUGCCAUAAUCAAUCGAAAUUAGUGUACGUAUAGCACGCGUAUGAACUGCGCGAACGUCAUCGCUUCACGUUCGGCAGAAUUAGAAUUGAAAUAUUUCUCGCAAAAUCUUACUUUUCAUGCGAAGCGUGAUGCAUCCACAUCGGUACUUAGAAAUAUUUCUAUAAGGAUGCUUGAAACUAUUACGGAGUUACUAUGACACGAGAUUACUUUAAAAGGGAAACCUAUCCAACGGUGGAACUCGGUUAUUAAAACGAAGUUCUAGCGCUAUGCAAAUUUUUUUUGAUACUCGGAUCGUCUUGAAGAGUGCAAUAUACACAUGCGUGCGUGCAUGCAUGUAUGUAUCUUUUUUAAGGAAUCGUGUUUUCGAGCUAUCAUGUACAGUUACUAUAAUAGAUUUAUAUAUGUAGAUAGUAUAAUGUAAUGUAUCAAAAAAUUGAAAAAGAUCUCGCAUAUUUCACUGUACCCAUAUCAAUAUACAUACAUAUGAGUAAUGCAAUAAA